GCGCCGAGCAGAGACUCUAUGGAUGUCAGUCACUUUCCCAGAGAACAGACGGCAGCAGCAGCAGCACCAGGAGGAGCGGAGACGAUAAUCCCCCUCCUCAUCCACCCCACCCUCUCCAAAAAGCCAGAAACCAGAGGCAGGAAGGAAAUAAAACCAGACGGGACACCUGUGUACUACUGGACACCCCCCUUCCGACGCGUUUUAGUUUCACUCCCAAAUUGUGGGUAAUAUUAAAGAGUGGAUGCUUUAAACUGGCUUGAAGACGAAGGACCAGGCAGCAAAAUCAGCCUCCAUUCUUGUUACCACCACCAGCAGCAGGAGCCUUCAGAAGGCGGAUGGAGAUGCGCCUUAAAGGCGGAGGUCUGGUGGUGUUCAUGUAGCAGCGGCUGCAGGGUCGUGCCGCAUUGCCCGACCGCUUCGAGUGCCGCUCGGAGAGACGGUGAUGCUGUCGUCGUCAUUGUGUCACAGAAAGAGAGAGGGAGAGCAGAGAGGCUUUGACAUGGAGGCAAGCUGCUGUCUGUUGGCUCCGAGCUCAGGCCACCCGGAUCAGCAGGUUGGACGUGCUGCCUGAAGCCUGGAGGACGUGAUUUCUUCAUAUGCACAGUGGGAAAUUUUAAUAAAGUUGAAAAUUUGGAGGUGGAAUUAAAAAUGAUUCUGUGCGUAAAAUCGAGUGGCCCAAAUGUAGAUAAUGCAUCACAGGAUCAUCAGAGCAGCAGUCUCUGUGCCAGUUCAGGGUGGAUUACGUCUACAGAGCAGCAGGCCUCCAUCUGAAGUCAGCUACUGAUCAGGGAAGCAGAGAGAAAAGCCACUCAGUGCACUUCCCUGCCCUGUUGCUGCCAGAGGUAACCAUUUAUUCAGCUGUUUUAUUGAGAGCUGCUGUAGCGCGAACCCCCGCGGAGGGACAGCUGUUGCAAACGAUGACUCAUUUGCAGGCUGGCCUCUCUCCAGAGACCCUGGAGAAGGCCAAGGUGGAGCUGAAGGAAAACUCAGAGACUCUCCACCAAGACAUCCAGGAGGUCCGUGACAUGAUCAUCACUCGGCCAGACAUCGGUUUCCUCAGGACAGACGACGCAUUCAUCCUCAGAUUCCUUAGGGCGAGGAAAUUCAACCACUUUGAGGCGUUUCGGCUGCUGGCACAGUACUUCGAGUACAGGCAGCAGAACCUGGACAUGUUCAAAAACCUGAAGGCCACCGACCCGGGCAUCAAGCAGGCUCUGAAGGAUGGGUUUCCUGGCGUUCUCUCUAAUCUGGACAAAUACGGCAGAAAAAUCCUUGUCCUGUUUGCAGCCAACUGGGACCAGAGCAGAUACACAUUUGUGGACAUCCUGAGAGCAAUCUUGCUGUCACUGGAAUCUAUGAUUGAAGAUCCUGAGCUGCAGGUGAACGGCUUCAUCCUCAUCAUUGACUGGAGCAACUUCACCUUCAAGCAGGCAUCCAAACUGACCCCCAGCAUGCUGCGGCUGGCUAUCGAGGGGCUCCAGGACAGUUUUCCUGCAAGAUUUGGAGGGAUCCACUUUGUGAACCAGCCCUGGUACAUCCAUGCCCUCUACACUGUCAUUCGACCCUUUCUCAAAGACAAAACCAGGAAAAGGAUCUUCAUGCACGGUAACAACCUGAACAGUCUUCACCUGCUCAUCCACCCAGAAAUCUUGCCAUCAGAGCUGGGUGGGAUGAUGCCGCCGUAUGAUAUGGGGACAUGGGCGCGUACGCUGCUGGACCACGCUUACGAUGAGGAGACGGAUUACUGCCCAGAGUCCUACACCCUGUCAGUACAGGACCUGGAGAGAGACCUGGAGAAGACUAUGUCCCCAAAAACCAUGAAGAGGUCUCAGUCGGUGGUGGAACCAGGAGUCCUGAAGAGACCGGACAAAGUGAAGCGCGAAGAAGACAACAUGCAGCCGCUGCUUUCAUUGGACUAAACCCACAUAAUUGUGCAGGACAAGAAAUAAGUCAAAAUUUCAAUUCCUAAAUACAUACCUGUGCACAUACUAGAAACAACACACAUCCUGCAAAAAGAUGUCCCUUCAAAAAAAUGCAGCUGCUGUUGUUGGAACUUCAUGUAAAGCAGAUGACAGCAGGGACAUUUCCGGAAACUGAAGGGAAACCGACGAGCUUCUGAUGGUCCUCUAUACAGUAUAUUUAUUUAUGUAGUCACAUGUCAAGUGCCAAUUCCAGAAACUGUAAAUAUGAAGUCUUUAAACAAUCCAUAAUGGAGGAGGGAAUGCCCAUCUUUAGACCAAGCAAAGCUGUAGAGGAGCCUGAAUGUGUUGCAGAGCAUUUCAAGAUGAGGACGGAUGUGUAGAAACUGCAAAGCAUAUUUCAGAGAGCUUCAGGCCACAGCUCUUAUAAGCAGCAGUCUUUUUUAUAUCUCUAUAUGGGCAAGAAGGAGGGCUCAGAAAACCAAAUGGAAUGGGUCUCUUCAUCCUUUUCAAUCUAAACUGGCAAACAGGCACUGGUUUUAAGCGUGGGGAGUGGGACCUCGGCUGUUUACUUGUAAGAAGAUUUGGUAUCUUUCCAAUGACAAUGUCUAAAAUUUUUGUCUCUUGCCAGUUAUCUUUUGGAAAAGCAAACCUCCCUUUACGGUCAGAGUUGGCUCUAUAAGUCAUGUGCUUUUUUCCCAGUUUACCCAUUUUCUCUCCAUUGGACCCAGAUGUCACAAAAAGCAGUUCUCUCCUCCACCACUAGGGAACCUACAGAGCUGCAGGCUCACAUCCUCAUGUGUUUGUUGGACAGAAGUUGUAUUUUCAGAAUCUAAUGGGUAGCCACACAACAGAGCUAAAUAUAAUUUUAUAAAAGCAAAAUUUCUUUUGCUUUGUGGCACAUUUUGUGUUGUAAGAUUGGGCUUUUCAGUGAUAUUGUUCAUCCAGAAAAACCCAUCAAAGAUUAUCACAGAGUAGCAGCAGUUUCACUUAUCACUUCAGGGUAAAUACUUUUACAGCUUGUAAUAUUUAUAGGAGUAGAUGUUACAGAGUGCACCAUAUAUUUUGCUUCUGCAGGAAAUCACAUGUACAUAAUGCAGUAAUAGGAUAUUUGCAUUUAUUUUGGCUCAUGUUUCUGAUGCAGCUAAAUAUGUAUUUAGCAUUUUCAGUUUAAAAUUUGCAAUCAAUCUUCGCUUCUGCUAAAAUGUUCUUAAACUGUUAAACCAACAUCAGGUUAGAUUCCACUUUUAAGAAUUUAAUAUGAACUCAUUUUUUUUUUUAUUCCUGUGUUUGGUUCUGGGAUUUUCUGCUGAUUUAGGGCUUUAUGGUACAAAUAUAUCAACAAGUUCUCACUCUCAACUUCUCUUAUAACAACACUAGGCCAGGACACCAAACUAACACUUUAGAUUUUUUUACAACAAAAGCAUUGCAGGGACAUUUUAACAGAAUGUUUUUGUACAAAUGGUUACUGCCUGUUACAGCCCUUAAAAUUAGUUUAAAGUAAAGUUUUUUUUUAAAGAGACCAGGAUAUUCCAUAACUGUUGAUAUUUCCCAGAACAGAUCUAUUCUUUGUUGUUAUACAAAUGUCCCCGCAAAUGUUUGUUGAAUAGAAGAUAAUGUUGCCUAACUUUGAAAAUGUGAUUGAAAAAUUGAAGGUCAGACAGACAUAAGAAGAGUUUGGAUGCUAUAUUCAUCAGACCUUGUCAAGUUGACUAGGUUAUGAAACCAAUACUGAAUAACCUUUGAACUUUUGUGUUUCUGGCCCAGGUUGUUUGUUUUUCACACCAGUUUCAGGUGGGAUUUAUGAUAGUUUUCCUCUUAAUGACCCUUCAUAUUGGCCCUUCUUCUAGCACACGUAAACAUUUGACCAGAGUAAUCGGUUAAAUCAACAUGUUAUUCAGACUUGUGUUGGGCCGUCGUAGGUUUUAGGUUUGAUUUAGUUAGAUUUACCAGAUCUUCUAUUUGUUUGAUCUGAUGUGCUGUCGCAGAAAUCUCAACUGGUUUUUAUCCACAUAGCAAUAAAUUUGUUCAUUGAAGCUAAUGCAGCACUGUCAAUAUUAGGAUAACUUUAUUCCAGAUCAUGCAACUAUAUAUUUACAGCCUUGUUAACCACUGCCAAAACUAAUAAUGCAAACUCAGUCUUAUUUUCUAUUUUCUGCAUUACCCCAUUAUCCCUGGUCUUUAUGCAUCUAUUUCUGACAAUGUAAUUGGAGCUUAGUCUAUUAGAAAAUCCUGUCGAAUCAAGAAUUAUUGCUAGAUGAUUACGACUAAGCUUUUGUAUUUGGCAAGUUGAGAGUGAGAAUGGCUACAAAAUGUUUACAUGUCUCAGUUUAUUACUAAUUGCAGUGAUUCAACUCCUGCAUUAGUUUAAGCUGGUAAAUAUACCAGCUGAUCCCAGCUUUCCAAGCCAGUUAGAAGCAUUGUGUCUGAAGCAGCAUCAGUUACUUGGAGCAGCACCACUGAUCAUAUUUCAAUGAGGUACCUACCAUGGAACACUUCCCAGUUUAAAAUCUGGUUAAAAUUUAUUGUUGUUGACAAAAACUCACCUUGAGGUCCUUUGCAGACCUGCAGACAUUCUAUACUGCAAUAAUGUGUCUUUUAUUAGUAAAUGUAGGUAAUAGAUACACACAGUAAUAAAUUAUUUAUCUCAUAGAGCAUUCUUUUGUUAGUUUUGCAACCACAAUGAGAGGAAAAUUUUAACAUAUUCCAAACAGUUUGGACAUUUAUUUUCUGUAUAAAGAUGUUAAAGUACUUAGAGUUUAGGUUACAAUUUAUAUUUAGAACACAGAUGUUAUAAUUAGUGGGAUUAUUAGUUAAAUUGCCACUCCAUAGAUAAGAUAGAAGCUUUACAUGACAAAGUUGUCCCAUCUACUUCGCCUUGCUUUUAAAAUACUCAGACAUUCCUUUAGAGUUUAUUCAAAUGAAACUGGCCCCAUCUGAUGGUGUUUGAUAAAUGGCUGUUACAGUUUUUCCACAUCAGCGAUUCACCACAGGCGUAUGAAGUGCAAAGCUUCGACGGGUGAAUGUUGAGAGCAGGCUGGAAAAAUUGCCUCUCCGUUGAGCUGCAAAGCAGAGUCAGGCUGGCAAACGUGCAGCUGAGCAAAUCACAGAAGAGCCGCCAGGCAGGAAGCAUCAGGUGGCCGGCUGCAACCAGAACAGACAGCUGGAAUGUUAAACUAUCACACCAGCGUGCAUGACAUGUCAACCCCACUUAGAGCAGCGUGUGGUUUCUUAUCUGGUUUUAAGUCAUAGUAACAGAGAUGAUAAUCAGCCACACUGAUGGUCCUACUUUUCAUUCACUGAAUAUAUAAUCAGUUUGUCCCCCUGAGGAACAAGCUGUUUAAAAAGGCAAAAUAUUUGACUCUGAAGUCUCCUGCAAUUCCUGCAAAAAAAGUCUGUUGGCACAUAUAUCACAAUGAAUACACAAGCUAAUCCUCCUCUCUUUAAAUGUUUUUUUAGUGUCUCAAAUUUUUAGAACAUUUUAACCUUUUUUUAUAUAUUUGAUCAAUUAGUUGCAGAAAUCUUCAAUAUUAGUAUGAGUAAGUUCCACAAAUGUCAGGUUAUAAUUUGUUGCCUGGUCUGUUUGAGCAAGUAAUGGGUUAUUUAAAAAAAAACUAUUGUAGCAUCUUACUUGUUUGCAGAAAACAGAUUAACAGUCGGCCUAAAUAAGUAUCAGAUCUUUUUCCAAAAUCUUAUUUAGAUCUGUCAAGAAAAGGCUUUUCAAAUUGACCUUGACUUACUGUAAAAAAGGCAAAUACCCCAGCCUAUGCAGUCUUGCUUUCAUUGCAAGCAUCAUUGUAAAGGGUAAACCAGAUAAGUUAAAUCAGCAACACAAUGUACGUGGGCUAUAAUAAAGUUUGCAAGCUGUGCUCGUGAAAUAGGGCAGUCAUUUAAAAAAAAACUAGUGAUGCAAAAUGUUGCUGCCUGGCUCACUGAGGUGCGCCUGACAUAGAUUAACAGAAAGCACACUAACACCAGGUAUCGGGAGUUUAGGCAGAUACUGAUACUGAUCAUUAGAAAAUUAUUUGAUAUGGACCUUAACCCUGAUGCUUUGAAACUGAUUGGGACAUGCAUACUUUUAAAAAAUCCAGCUGAUAUUUUCAAAUUGACCUUUUAGUUUAACCUGGACAUAAUCAAAGUAUAUGUUUGGGUUAAAAAGUUUCUAUAAAGAACACAAAUCCCUUCUCUAAAUUGGGUAAACAUUAAGCUAUUUACAUUUAGAGCUUUGAAAUAAAAUUGAGGAAACGUUUCAGUUUAAAUGGGUACAAUUAAACCACUGAAUAUAGACUUGCACAGUUAACACAUAUUACACCAGUUUUUUCAGUCACGUUUUCUGUGAAAAUAAACAAGUAAUAAAUUAUCAGACACCCGAGUCCCCUAUUUAAUGACCCUACCAAAUAUAUUCUGGCUUAAAGAGAGGAACAUUGUUGCUGUUUGUUGCCAUUUACUUGGAGUCAGCUGCAGCAAAGAAUAGACAACGGACUUCAGAGUGCUCGAUCCAUCAUCUAUAUCCUUGCAGUAUCACAGAAGGGCUGGUGCAUAUCUCCAACAGUCAUUGGGUAAGAGGUGGGGUACAUCCUGCUCUCGUCGCCAGUCCAUCACACAGAGACACACGCACUCAGUCCUAGGAACAAUUGUGUCUACGUUCACGCUGCAGGUCUUGAUGCUUCAUUCCAAUCUUUCGCCCAGAGAAAACCACAUGCAUGGGGAGAACAUAAAAAACUCCAAGCAGAAAGACCCCAGGCCGGGAUUUGGAUCCAUAUUCUUUCUGCAAGUAAAUAGUGCUAACAGCUGCUCCACUGUGCAGCUCGUCAGUUUGCUUAUACCAACAAUGUAAAAACUAAAAUUGAGGUUGCAUCUUUAAAUCAGUACCAACAAAAGUUUGCCAAAUGUUUUCAUGUUCCACUUGACAAUAACCAUAUUUGUUUGUAAAUAUUAAAUAUUAGUCUAUAGGUCACACAAACCUUCACUUUUAAGCUUAAGAUUUUGUAUGUGAGCUUUUGUUUGCAAAAAAAAUCUAAAUGAAUUUGAAUUGUGCUACUUAAAAUGAAUCCAAACCACAAAUUAGGGACAAAAUGUGAAUCCAUCCAAGAAACUGUAACAAUCCUUUUACAGAAGAAAACAGGUGCUUAGAUGUUAUUUUCUGCGCAUCAACAAACACCUUAGAUGUAUUUUUUAAGGUUAUUAAAGAAAUGACAAAGAGCAGUUACAGGAUCAGAGAUACAGGAGGACACACAUGAACAGGGACACACACACACAGUUACUGUAGAUGCUUCCAGUUGUUGGGAUUAAACGUUUACAUGAAAUAAACAUGUAUACUGCUUGAAAAUACUCCAUUAAACUCAGAGCAUCCUGCCACUCCAUUGACGGUUUUAAAGUUUGAAAUGUUGAAAGUGAAUUUCACAGGUUGUUUCUUGUGAAAUUAUUUAGGAAAUGGAAAUAGAGAAUGACACACAGGUGAAAAUAUUUAAUUUUACAACAAAUAUUCUUUUUCUGGUAAUGCUUCAACAAACAUUCAGCAUUUCUUUUAUGUUUAUUUUGUCAGUAUUUUAUUAAAAUUGCUAAUGUUUAUUAUACAAAUAUCAGAUGUGAGCUUUUUGAAAUGUAACCAGUCUGAAAUAAGUUUUAUGCUUAAGAAAUUCAGCAUUUUGAAUGUUUUUCUACAUUGAUGUUCUGUCUUUCUUCAUGAUGUUUAGAACAGAAUAUUAAACCCUAGUUGACACAAUGGGCAAAAGUCUGAAAACCACCCAAGAAGCCAUCCUGGAGGUUCACAGCUCUUUAUGUAUAUCUCCCAAACAAUUUCUUUCUUUUUCCGAGUACAGUACAUAUAAAAAGCUAACAACAGUCUUUAAAAGCUACUUUUUGUAAUCAUGGUAUUUGUUUUCAAUCAUUUCAAAAGACAAUGUGCAGCACAGUUUGUUCUCCCUUACAAAACAAAUUGCGUACUCAUGAAAAGAUACAGCGCUCUUGACAUUUAAAGUCACACUUGAAAUUUUUUUUUAAAAAUGCUUAAGCAAAUUAACCUUAUAUUGCAGAAGUAGAAUUUCACAUUUUUCCGGCCCAUUUCAGAAUCACAAUCAAUUGGCCAGGUUGUGCAGACGAGAUGUGUGUUUGCCUUAGAGAGCUGGGAAAUCCCUACAAAAAACAGCUCCAAUACAUUUAAAUUAAAUUUUGGGGCAGCAUUGCAGUAUUACACAAAGCAUGUAAAAUAGUCUCCCUUUUCUCUGUGGCAAGCAGGGAAGCAUCAACCCGUCUUUGACUGCACAUGCAUCAAAGCAAUAGAGCGCAUAUUCAAGACACAACAGACAGAUGAGUUAGAUAUUUUUCUUUUCUAAUGCCACCCUGGGAGACUGCCCUUAUGCUGCAUAUCAAAAACCAUCAUUGUUUACACAAACACAUGAUUUUUACAACCUCCAUGAUGGCAACUGAUGUAGUUUUGCAGCUUAUUUGUUUAUGAAACUACGCUUGUUUUUCCUCUUUUAUACACAGUAAAGAAAACAUCCAAAUCACAGGACAAGACAUAGCACUGAAGUUUCACUUGGUUCAAGGAUUUCAUGUUAAGUCCCCAUCAAAUUAUACGUGCGUUUUCAGUGAGCUACGAUAAAUGUUCUUAGCUUUCAUACACCUAAGUUUAAUAACUUUACACUGAUUUAAACAUCUUUUUUCAUGAUUUAAAGCUGUCAGCAGUGACAACACACUGUACAAAGCCUGCUUAAUAAAAUGCUCCCAUGAAGAUAUUAAUCAGUCUUUACUCAGUUUUUCAGCACUAAAUCACUCUUGUUAUACAGUAUUCAACAUUUGUUUUGUAAGAAUCUACAGUCUUGUAGGAAGUUUAAUUCUCACUGACUUUGAAUUGUGCCGAUAAUGUCUCAGCCAAAGCCACUUGUUCCACUGAGAAUCCAAUGUAUUGUUUCUAAUCAUUAAGUAAAUGUGCGCUGAUGACACCGAAUGAUCUUUUUUUAAUUUCUUAGAGAAAAAAAAAUGAAUGCAUCAUUUUGAGUUUACUCACUUAUUCCUUUCCCACUGUUUUUUGAUUGUAUAGUUUCAGUGGGAUCAGUAGUAAGACCACACUACAGCAAAAUUGUGAAGUUAUAAUGGAAAGCCAAUGUAUUCUAGAAGCAAAAACUGUCAAAUUAGCAGGUGUUCUUUGUGUAAAUGUCCUCAAAGCCAAUUUGCUGAAAUGUAAAAUGAUCAAAAUAAAUAUGGACAUGCAGAUUUUCUCA